AUGCGAACAUCGUACUGGUUACCUAGAAACGCAAGAAUGAAAGAUAUGAGCGCUAGCGAGAUGUUCUGGAAGCAGCUGCGUGAACAUAUCGAAAACUAUGGCGCAACCAUGGUGGCUGGUCUUCUUAUCGGCUACUUUCUCCACUACAUUAUGAACGUAAGACCAUUGAAGCAAAGGAUUCACGUGGACAAAUUGGAACAGUCUGAAGAUGACGAGGAGAUGAAAGCGGACAACACUGAAUCCCUCAAGCCAGAAGAGAAAGAGGAGAAACAAGUGGGAGUCGUUAAAGGAAUGAUCAACACUGAAGUUCUAGAGUCGCUUCGCAGAAGACCUCCCCCAGAAAGACCUAGAAGCGCUCUUCCUGAAUUCAAAACAAUUCCGGAAAACAAACCACUUUUUGAGGAUCGUAUGCAGGAUAGUACUAGUUCAGACGUUGAAGACAAUGACGACCUUAAUGGCUCACUUUCGGAUCGAGAUCUGUUGCACACACUUGGAACGCUUCAUGGUAAACUUGCCACUGCACAACUAAGGGCCAGAACGAGAAAGAUGCAAGCUGAUAUGACAGCAGAAGAGAGAGAUGAUGUAAGUUUAUGCUUAGCGCAUAAUUUUGUGUUUGGCUUCCUUUAG